GGUCCCUACAUGCCACGUGUCCCCUGCCACGGUGAGCCCAGUCUGCGCUGCAGCUGCUGCUAGGCUAACGGGCUUCGAGCUGCGUCGUCUGUCCGCCCUGACCUAAGGCCUCCCCCGCACGUGGUUUCUGCUACAGAACCUGAGACCAUGGCCAAAACAGCACAGGGCACGAUGUACCGAGGCUCCAUCCAUGACUUCCCAGACUUUGAUCCAAAUCAGGAUGCUGAGGCUUUGUAUACAGCCAUGAAAGGCUUCGGCAGUGACAAGGAGUCCAUACUGGAGCUGAUCACCUCCCGCAGCAACAAGCAGAGGCAGGAGAUCUGCCAGAGUUACAAGUCCCUCUAUGGCAAGGACCUCAUCGCAGACUUGAAGUAUGAGUUGACAGGGAAGUUUGAGCGGCUGAUCGUGAACCUCAUGAGGCCGCUUGCCUAUUGUGAUGCCAAAGAAAUCAAAGACGCCAUCUCGGGCGUCGGCACAGAUGAGAAGUGCCUCAUUGAGAUUUUGGCUUCCCGGACCAAUGAGCAGAUGCACCAGCUAGUGGCCGCAUACAAAGAUGCCUAUGAGCGAGAUCUGGAGUCUGACAUCAUUGGAGACACUUCCGGCCACUUCCAGAAGAUGCUGGUAGUACUGCUCCAGGGAACCCGGGAGAAUGACGAUGUUGUGAGUGAGGACUUGGUCCAGCAGGAUGUCCAGGACCUGUACGAGGCGGGGGAACUGAAAUGGGGAACAGAUGAGGCCCAGUUCAUCUAUAUCUUGGGAAACCGUAGCAAACAGCACCUCCGAUUGGUGUUUGAUGAGUAUCUGAAGACCACGGGGAAGCCCAUCGAAGCCAGUAUCCGAGGGGAGCUGUCUGGAGACUUUGAGAAGCUGAUGUUGGCUGUGGUGAAGUGCAUCCGCAGUACCCCAGAAUACUUUGCUGAAAGGCUGUUCAAGGCCAUGAAGGGCCUGGGGACUCGAGACAACACCCUGAUCCGCAUCAUGGUCUCCAGGAGCGAGCUGGACAUGCUUGACAUUCGUGAGAUCUUCCGAACCAAGUAUGAGAAGUCACUGUACAGCAUGAUCAAGAAUGAUACCUCGGGCGAAUACAAGAAGGCUCUGUUGAAGCUCUGUGGAGGAGACGAUGAUGCGGCUGGCCAGUUCUUCCCGGAGGCAGCACAGGUGGCCUAUCAGAUGUGGGAACUUAGUGCAGUGUCCCGAGUCGAGCUGAGGGGUACUGUGUAUGCAGCCAAUGACUUCAACCCUGAUGCUGAUGCCAAGGCCCUGCGGAAAGCCAUGAAGGGAAUUGGAACUGAUGAAGCCACCAUCAUCGACAUCAUCACACACCGCAGCAAUGCCCAGCGGCAGCAGAUCCGACAGACCUUCAAAUCUCACUUUGGCCGGGAUUUAAUGGCUGACCUGAAGUCUGAGAUCUCGGGAGACCUGGCAAGGCUGAUCCUGGGUCUCAUGAUGCCCCCAGCCCAUUAUGAUGCUAAGCAGCUGAAGAAAGCUAUGGAGGGAGCUGGCACAGAUGAAAAGACUCUUAUUGAAAUCCUGGCUACUCGGACCAAUGCUGAAAUCCGGGCCAUCAACGAGGCCUACAAGGAGGAUUAUCACAAGUCCCUGGAGGAUGCCCUGAGCUCAGACACAUCUGGCCACUUCAGGAGGAUCCUCAUUUCUCUGGCCACGGGAAAUCGCGAGGAAGGAGGAGAAAACCGAGACCAAGCCCGGGAAGAUGCUCAGGUUGCUGCUGAGAUCUUGGAAAUAGCAGACACUCCCAGCGGAGACAAAACGUCCUUGGAGACUCGCUUCAUGACGGUCCUGUGCACCCGUAGCUAUCCCCACCUCCGCAGAGUCUUCCAGGAGUUCAUCAAGAUGACCAACUAUGACAUAGAGCACGUCAUCAAGAAGGAGAUGUCUGGGGAUGUCAAGGACGCAUUUGUGGCCAUCGUCCAGAGUGUCAAGAACAAGCCUCUCUUCUUUGCUGACAAACUGUACAAGUCCAUGAAGGGUGCCGGCACGGAUGAGAAGACCCUCACCAGGGUGAUGGUUUCCCGGAGUGAGAUAGAUCUGUUAAACAUUCGGAGGGAAUUCAUUGAGAAAUAUGACAAGUCUCUACACCAGGCCAUUGAGGGUGACACCUCUGGAGACUUCCUGAAGGCUUUACUUGCUCUCUGUGGUGGGGAGGACUAGAGCUACCGGUCUUAGCGGCCCCUCUGCCAAGUAGCGGCACCAGCCACCGUGACCUGACCAAGCCAUCGUUCCAGCUGCAGAGACUAAGGAAGGAGGGGUGAGGGGUGGAGCUGGACUACCAUUCAGCUGGGGCUCUCUCUAGCCAUGGAGGGUCCCUGGUGGUCCCUUCUGUUAUCCCUCCUGCUCGUGGCUGGAGAAUCACAGCCCUAUAUCACGCUCACCCCUGUUCCCCUCUAUCUCCUCUCAGCCCUCCCUAGCUUCUGUCCCUUGACAUAAUCCCUGCCCUGAUUCAAGCUUUGUCACAUCUCAAAACAUACCAAGCCUCUGUCUAUAAAA